AUGGGUAAAUCUAAGAAAAGAUCAAGAACUUCUGCUAAUAGAGCUAACCCUCUACAGGGUAAUAAGAACAAUAAUAAUAAGAAAGAUAAUGCUACUGUUACUAAAAAGAUUCUACCUUUAUUACAAAAAUUAACUUGUGCUGUCCCAAAUGAUAGAUCGAUGGCUUUACAAUCAAUCACUGUGUUAUGUGAGGACCCUCAUAUGAGAAAGUUAAUGUUAAAGGAAAAAUUGGUUCAUAUCAUAUUAAGCAAUUUACUUACUGAUAAUGAUGCAGAAAUUGUUGUAGAAGCUUAUGGUCUCCUGAGAAACAUUGCUCUAGAAGAAGGUUAUGAUGUGUCUACUUACUUAUGGAGAUCUAACAUUUGGUUGAGUAUUGUAAGUGGCUUCGAAAAAGUUGAAACUUCAUUAACUGCGAUAAAAGAUGCACAAAAUAAAUCCACCACUGAGUCAAAAAGAAUGGUAUCAGAUUUAGCUGAUAACUUGUUGAGUCUGUUGGUAGCAUUGUGCAAUGGUUCAGAUGACAUUCUUAACGAAGUAUUGGAAUCCGAAAAACUAUCAAAAAUAUUCAAGUUCAUUUCAACCUUAUUGGAUUUUGGCUACCAAAAUUUGCCUAUUAACUUAUUCAAUACAAUUCUUGAUUUGAUUUAUGAUUUCAGUUCUGAAUCAUUUUCAUUCAUAACUAAUGUGACAAAUGAUUCAAAAUUAUCAGUUUUUGUCAAGACUUUACCAGAAUUGAUGAAUGACCCUCACUUUAACGAAUUGACAAAAGUGCUAAUCCAAGGUAUCUAUUUACAAUUUUUAGAUAUGGAUAUCACGCCAGAAAACAUCAAUGAAAUUGUCCGUUCUAUCCAAAACUCGAUUAAUGACAUCGAUUUGGCCACUGUUAAAUCAGAUUUGUCGAUCACCGCUGAAGCAGAUGAACAAUUGAUGAAAGCAGAUGACAGUAAAGUUGCCUCUAAAAUUAAAGAUUACACCAAGAGACGUAACUUAGCAAUGAUGAGAUAUCAGAGUAUAGAAAUUGCCAUUGAUUUAAUAACUGCAUCAACUGAGAUUCUUGCUUCAUUAUAUGAAGAAAAAAAUAAUAAACAACUACCAGAUCAACUGAUAGAUCUAUUAACAGUCAUCUUACCAAACAUUUUCCAAGCAUUAUCUGCAGAAUUCACUUCUCGUAUAUUGAUUGCCUGGAAUAAUUUACUAUGGUUAUACAUUACAUUGGGUGUCGAUCUUUUCGAAUCAGAGAAGUCUUCUACCGAAUUAGUACAAUUCAUUUCCGGUCUAACAGACAUCCAAGCCUCUGAUUUGGGUAUCAAGAUGGGUAGAUAUAGUGUAAUAUGGGCCCUAUUGAAAACUGUCUCAUUACAUGAAGAUCAGUUGAAAUAUUUACAAUUCUUACAAUUAUCUAACAAUUUAAGUUUUGUCAAUGCUGUAAUUGAAGAUUAUAACAAUGCUGCUAAAAUUAUGGACAGCGAGGACCAUCUUGAAUUAAGACAAAGAUGUUGUGAUGUAUUGAGUGCUUAUGCUACAUUCCAAGGACAAGUUUCGAUAAAUCAAGCAAUUGGUAAAUUUUUCUUAUCACAACUGAUAUCUCCAAAGACACCACAAUCACUGUUAGUUGACAUAUCUAAUAUGUUUUUCGAAAUAUACUGUGAUGGACAAUUUGAUUACGACGAACCUGUGUUUGUCCAAGAAGGAUUCCUGAAAGUAUUAAAAGAAGAAGUGGUUCCAAAUUUGAGAAAGAUGUUCAAAUUAGUCGAUAAAAAUAAAGAACCAGAGUUAAAAGAAAAAUGUAAUGUCUGUUUUAACACAUUGGACAGCUUCAUACAUUACAAGGCCAGUGAAAAAGGUCAAUAA